GGAAAUAGUUGCCACAAAGCGAUUCGCCGUGCAUCUAUCGUGUGUGCGAUUGUUACGAGAGCCCGGUUCUCUUGUUUCUCUCUGUUGAUUCGCGACCGUCCCGUGAAAGGGAACGUGCGACGAUGAUUUUGCGCUGCGUGGGGCGACGCGCCGGUGUAUCUUUCCACGAAUUUUCGCGGCGACGCGUGAUAAAAAUUUUAUCGGCGCAACUGCCUUCGAGACCGUCGACGAUAUUUUCGUCAUGAAGUUAUUACGCACGGUAUAUCGAGUCGCGCGGCUAUAAUGGGAGUUGUGUUUGUGUGUUUGCGUGUGUGUAUCGUCUUGCGCGUGCGACUAUGACAUGAAACUACUUCGUCGCGGCUUUCGAUUCCCGCUUAUUCCGGCCGCGUUUAUUAAUUCGGCUUUCGAAGAAGAAAGUGCGCGUGUUUCUAUACCCGACGUGUUGUCCGAAACGAAAGCUGCUCUAUCGUGUAAAUAUGUGCGACGCGAUGCAGAAUAUGCCGACAAACGCGACUUGAAGUAAUUAAUUGACGUGAAAUUUAACGAUUUUAUUUCGGAAUCUCGCGGUUUAUUCUUAAAAGGAUUAAAUUCAAUUUCUUACUUGAGGAAAAAUAGUCAUCUACCGUUGCUGGAUCCGCAUUAUUUUGAAUUAUGAUUCUCUUUCUCUCUCCGUCUUAUCUUUCAUCCAGGUACUUCAUUUUCUGUUUAUUGACAAUAUAAAAAUAAACGCGUUUAAUAUUCCAAAAAUAAAGACAUUGUGUAUACUUUUACAUUCGUCAACUAGAAGAACUCGAAUAUCGAAUAACGGCGGCGAAAUGAGUUCAUUUACAAAGUGAACGACAGUCGUCGCGAGAGCAAUCGCGGCUGGGAAGUGAAAAAUGAUCUCGUUCGCGUAUCUCGUUAUACGAGGCACACGUGGAUAACCCGUGAUGAACGAUGUGUGUUACGUGCCGGUGAUUGAAUUUGCUGGACAUAUUGACGCGUAUUACAAGAGAAAGAAAGAGAGAGACACAGAUAGUCGAGAGCGGCUGUCUUUCUUUAUUCACGUAUUUAUUCGCGGCUAGAAGAGUAUUGAUAAUCAUGUAUACACGAUCUGUAUAUCGGACAUGCGCUCGUUAGCCGCUAAGAUGGAUAAGCAAAGGAGGAAAGAGAGACACGUCGCACGAGAAGCGCUUUUGCUGCUAUACGACGUGACGAAUAAGACGAGUUACGACAACAUCAGGGCUUGGCUGAGCGAAAUCCGGGAACAUGCGAACGAGGAUGUCGUCAUCAUGUUGCUGGGUAACAAAUCCGAUUGCGGAACGGAGCGUAUCGUUAAACGGGAGGACGGCGAGCGAUUAGCGCAGGAGUACAAAGUGCCGUUCAUGGAAACGUCUGCCAAGACUGGCCUCAAUGUCGAAUUGGCAUUCCUCGCCGUUGCUCGAGAUCUGAAGGCCAGAAAAAGCGACAACCCUGAUGAGACGAAAUUCAACGUUCAGGAUUACGUGCGUCAGCAGUCUCAGCGAAACACUUGCUUCAAUUCUAGCUGCUUGACAACCUGAAUUGUUUUUCUUUUUACAUCAAGUUAAGAGGAUACGCGAGCUGGAAUCGCGUUGAUCGCGAGAUAUGCAUGGCGCGAGUUUCGAUGUGAGAUUCGUUUGAUUUACGCAUAAGAUUAUUGGUAUAACAUACGCGUGCGCGGGACACGCAUGAAUAAAAACUUUACAUUCGAUUCAUAAGAACUUCAUCAAAUGAAUCGGAAGAUCGAACGGAGAGACAGUAUUAGCAUUUUUUGUUAAAUACAUUAUUAAAAGGCAUUAUUUUAUUUCGUAGAAUACGAAACCGAUCGCGCUCUUAAAAGAUUAGAGUUAGAAAGCUGGAUCUUUUCAUGUAGUGUCAGAAAGAAAAAGAGAAAGAGAAUGAAAGACAGCAUGAAUCUCGUUAUAAACGUAAACAUGUAUCAAUGAUCGCUCGCGCAUUAAUGUGAAUAGUUCUAAGAAGAUAGAGAAUCUCAUGUAUACACGACUUACGAGAUACCUCCAUAGGUAAGCCUCUAGCGCUCGAUGGUUCUAAUUUCGCGUACACCAUAUAUCCGCAUAUAUACAGUGACUCGUGAAAUUGAUCAAAUAUUUUGAAAAUUUCGAGAUUAUUUAAAAAUGCAAUAUAUUUAUAGCAUAUUUAUUACUUUGUGUGUACGUGUAUGUGUCUGUGUGUACGUACGUGUUUAUUUUUUCUCUGAUAAUAUGUAUGAGCUAUAAAAAUUUUCUUUUACAUGCUCACUCCUUUCUCCAUCCUUCUUACUUUGUUGUGCAUUAAAAACUUUUAUGAAGUUUUUAAAACAUUCGAUCAAUUUCGCGAAUAACUGUAUAUUAAUGUUAAACGCUCAGCGACACGCGAUUAUUAAAAGCAAUCGUAAGCGUAAAUUACAGCUUAUAUUGGUUGUCGCACGCCCCGACUUUAUAAUUAUUUGUUGCGCUGUUUGCAUAAAGGAGUGUAAUCUUCGAUUUGCAUACAAUGUGCUUGUUACAAGGUAUAUAGCGCGCAUGUUCAUUCAAUGUGCGGUUGCAUCUGUCUCGCGGUGCCUGCGUAAGUGAACAAAAAUAUCAAUGCAAGCUCAGUCUCUCGGCAUACUAAGUAACGUAGUUGUGAUAUAAUAGUGUCGAAAGA